AUGUUCCCCAAGCGUCCUAAAUGUCUCGCAUCUCCUCUCUGGCGCGCAUUAAUCUCCCAUUCACACUCUCACGUGAAACCGCCAACUCUGCCGAUUCGCUUGUACCCUUUGAGUCAGGAAUAUCCUUGUUUCCAACCUCCUCCCGGCCUCAUGUCCGCCUCGGUUCUACUCCCUUCGGUCAUUCUGCGAUCGGAUCGUCUUCCGAAACACCCGCUGCCCGGCGCCAGGAUCAGACGAGCCGAGCUGGCUGCUCGUGCGUCAACUGGUUCUGCCGAUUGUACCUGCUCUUCCCACGACCGGGCGCUUCUUCAUCGACACAUUCGUCGUCCGGCAACUGGAGACAUUCAAUCGGCUCUUUAUCAUUUUGCAUUAGACCUUCUCUUCGGUACUCUUUCUCACCAACCUCGUACUUCACUCAUGCUCGACCUUGGCUCGGGACGAGCUUGUCGACUGGACCAUCUUGCUGCACGGUUUGGUACCUUCUAUGACCGUUUUUCGAUUAAUGCUGACCUUUUUCCACUUGCCAACGCCGAAGAAGAAGCUCUACCCUCCGGCUCGACCGGUUCAGACGGACUGUCAAAUCGGGUAUCCUUGGCUCUUCGCAAAUGUCUCCUCUUCAGCUUCAUCUCGCAACGACGUCUUGACAAAUUUCGCUUCUCAACUGGCCAGCAUUCUAGUCCCUCGGUCCGGAUCACGACCGGACUCGAACGGUUCAUGUCGCCUACAGAAGAACACUUCUACAAAUCAUGA